CUGCCGCGUCAUCGAUCUACACGUUAUCAGUGUUUGCCCAACUCAUGCCCGUGUGGACGCCGCCAAUAUAACGCGUGACAGCCCCGUCCGCCCGCCGCCACCACGGCCUGGGAGGGUUGUUGUUGGUCCCUUUUCUUCUUCCUCUUCUUCUUCUUCUUCUUGGUUUUGGGAGGUGGAUAGUGACACAGUGAUAAUGAUAAUGUAGGAUUGUAGGUUAUAUGUGUGUAGUAGUGGUAGCUCUGGAUCACGGCACAUCUCCCUUCUCCUUUGUUGUUUUACUUGCAACAAUAAACUAUCAAUCAAUCAGUAGAGAAAAUUCUUACUUUAUUGUCUUAUUGUCCAGGGGGAGGUACCGCCCCCUCCCUUGUUGUGCUUUCCUUCCUACCAUUGUAUCUUUUUAGUUUCAUGGUGCUACCUACACAUGUAUUAAUAGUUGUAUAAUCACACUGUCCCGCCUGGGGGUUGGGAUGGCAUGUUCCUCCCUUCUCCCUUGUUGUUUACCUGCAACAAUAAACUAUCAAUCAAUCAAUCAUUAUUUUUAUUACCGCUCUUAAAACGCAGUGACCGAGUAGCCAGCGCGCGAAAAAAAAAAUAAAUAAACAUAGGAUCCCGAAUUCUAGUCCCGACGAUGUAAGGCUAAUAAUUUUCAUCUGUUUAGUAGCUGAGGAUUACCUGCAUGAUCUGCGUCAACCUUACUUUAAAUCACAACUUUCUAAUUUGAACAGUUGCCUCCAUCAUUGCUUCCAUCAUGAUUGCACUCCGUUUUUCAUUAUUUUUACAGGGUAGUGAGGGAGGGCGAGGAGGGCGGAACAAGCCUCGAGUGGUGGUUCGGCUGGAGGAGGAGCUGCGGGCCGCCCUUCGACUCUCCUUCUGUUCCUCGGAGGAAUCACGACCUGCCACGGACAUGAAGGACCUUGAGGACCACCUUGAUGUAAGUGUGCUUGUCAUGGGUCUCCUCCUCCUCCUCCUCCUGCUACUACUACUACUACUACUACUACAGCUACCACUACUUAGGUUCCUUCUACUUAUGUCACGCAGAAGGGCGGCGCAGUGUUGGAUGAGGCUCUGAAACGACUCGGGGAGGUGGCGCGCCCCUGUGGCGCCCUCGCAGCGCUCGUCAGGCACGGCUACAGCCACAUCCAGGGCCACCUUGAUACAACCCUGAGGCGACUCCGUACUGCCGAGACGAUCCUUGGAGAGACGGACGCCAGGGAGAGGAAAGAGGAAGCGAUCCGCCGAAGGGACCUGGAGGCUCUUAACGCUGAUCUAGCACAACGCCUGGAGGAGAGCGAGACACAACGGCACGCCCUUAUAGCGGAGGUGAAGCAGGUGAGAAAGUCGACACAUUAUAGCCUGACAAAUCUACAGUGGCAGCUCUGACGUAGCAGCCCCAUAUCACUCCUCUACCAUUGACCUCCCGUAUCGCACGCUCCUAUACACCGUUUACUCUUUCUACUCUCUUCUCUUUCACUUGUACAAAUAAGCUAUAUGUUCUUUUAGGAAUGAUUCGCAGUUUGUUAGUGAGUUCAUAAAAGCGGUAAUAGAUAAAGGGAGGGACGGAACUGAGAGAGAUAUGAGGCAGCUGGGUCUGGACGAAGUGGAUGCUGAGGACUGAAGAUACUGGUGACGACUUACGAGAGUGGCCGACCCCAGGCAGAGAAGAAGACGACAUAUUGUAAUGGAUUAGAUGUUCAAUCAGAUGUUAGGGAGGAUAAAGAUUAGGGUGGAGUUUUCUUGGCCUUGUGUUAUGAGUAAAGUGAAUAUUAAGGCUAUAAACUUUUCACCCAUAGCUGGAGGAGAUUCUUGGUGGCAGAGAAGACAUAAAGUAACGGAUAAAAUGUUCCCUCAAAUGUUAGGGAGGAUAAAGAUUAGGGUGGAGUUUUCUUCGCCUUGUAUUAUGAGUAAAGUGAAUAUUAAGGCAAUAAACUUUUCACCCAUAGUUGGAGGACAUUCUUGGUGACGAGCGGCGGCGAGGUCAUUGCCAAGAGGACGACAUGAGGAGGCUGGAGGCGCGGCUGCUGGAGGCAGAGGUGGAGGCGGGUGCGCUGAGGAGGAAGGUAGCGGCGUAUUUGGGUGGAGGAGACGCCCUGGACCCUCAGCUGCUUCAGAUUGCUCUCCGAAAGUGCAGGGAGGACCUGAGCGUCAAGGACCGGCUGGUGCAGGAGAUGGAGCGGCAGUACAGGGAGGUGGUACCGCGCGCUGACUUCGACCGCCUGCAGCGCCGCCUCACCUCUCUCACCAACGCCCACCGCCAACUCUGCCAGGUCCACAGCCUCCUCAGUGAACAGCACGAGACCAUCCUCAGGUCGCAGGAGGAGGUCUUGGCGGAGCGGGAUCGACUCAGCGAGGAGAACCAGAGACUGCGACGCUCUGCCACACCACGGCCAGAUUGGAACAGAGUGGCGGAGUUCGUGGAGGGCGGCAUCAGUCGGUGGCGGGAGCUCUCCAUCGGACGAACCAGCGACCAACUUGUGGAUGUCCUCGUGUCGGAGCUUACGGGGUCGCAGCUGCCCUCCUCGAAUGACUUCCUGGACUGCAAGGGCACAGAGGAGGGCGUGCCAGCCUAUCUCCAGUACGAGGGCAGCGUGAGAAACCGUCGACUUGGCAAGAGGGACCUCACACUCCUCAUUGAAGACAUUUGGCGGGAGAAGAGGCGACAAGGCAACGCUGUACCCAUGGAUCAAUUCGUCGACGCCUACUUCAGGGAGAGGUAUCACUUGGAGGAGGUGCGCGCCGAGUGGUGUUAUUCCCUCGCCGACGCUUGCCAAAGACUCGCCCACGAUGAACAGGUGGGUCUGUUCUGGGGCAUCCUCUGCGGCCAGGUGCAGGAGGAGGUGUACCAUUACCAGGUGGACAGCGUGCUCACUCUGCAGGCCGCUCUCCGUGCUGCCGACCCCCAUGACAAAGGGCUGGUGUCUCGCACGGCGCUGGAGGAAACCCUGCGCGCCGUGUUCCCGCUGAAGACAGAGGAGAGGCUGAAGGUGCUGCUCGAGAUCGCUGGUCGAGCCGCCUCCGCCAAGGACGCGAGCCUCAUCAAGUACAACACGCUCUUCCAGCAGGGAGAGGGUGGACUGCGCACUCCCUUGGCGACAGAGUUAGUGCAGCAGGCGCGGGACGAACAGGACGCCUACAUACAGGAGCUGCUGGAGGAGGUGGGCUACGGCGCCUUGGAUGUUACCGUGAAGGAGAUGAGCCGCGCCUUCACCAUCGUGGACCCGAGGAUAGAGCAAAGCGAGCUGGAUGCGUACCUUCAAUGGGUGUUCAACGUGCCCAAGGAGAGCCUGAAGACGUGCUCGCCCGUGCCGCUGCCCCUUCUUGCUGCCAGGCUACAGACGGGGCACAUCGUGAGGGUCGGCGAGCGCUGAGGGAGGCGGCGACGGAGACGGCGACGAGAAGUAAAUCAAGGCGUCGCUAAGACAGAUAAAGAGAGGGACAGAGGAAAAAAAGCUAUGUAGUGGAUUAUUUUUUGUUUCGUCUUUUGUUUUCAGUUAUUUCGCUCGACUUUCCUGACCAUCAUAAUUAUAAUAUCUCGUAACUUCCCUCGUGUUCCAUAUCUUCUACUGUCCUUCAAGAGUAGUAAUAGCUAAAUGAUGUGUCAGUUUUGAUAGUAUAUAUAGUAGGUGAUUUUACGAUAUCUUGGCGGAUAAAAUGGCGUAGCAAUAUCUUUAACUGCCAAGAAAAAUCAGGAACUUUUUGUCGGAAGUCCAGUUUUUCCGAGUAGUAACAGUUAAUGUUUAGGUGUUUCUAGAGUUAAUAUUCAUCUUUGCUUUUCGAUUUAUUUUUUUUGUGUGUGUGUGAAAAAGGGAGUAUUUAUUUAUAUUUCAUUUCAUUUCUACACUUUUAUUUUGUUUAUUUAUUUAUUCUAUCUUAUAUCUUUGUCUAUUCCUUAUUUUCAUAUUUCUAAUCAUUCUUUAUUUCUUGAUUCAUUUUUUGUUUAUUUUUUGAUUCUUAUUUCAUGUUAAAAGCUGUGUCAGUUCUUAUAGCAUAUAGGUAAUUUUCCGAUAGCUUGACGGAUAAAAUGCCCUAGUAACAUAUUUAGAGAAAAUCUGCCACAAUUAUCAAGAAAAAAAUCAGGAACUCUUUGUCGGAGGUCGAGCUCGCCGUACACUUGGUCUUAAAAAUCUAUCCGGAGCUUCACGGCUCUCAACAACUGAGCAUCGCCUAGUGUAGAGUCCAGAAGGUCACGAUCCCAGUUUGUUGCCGCCGCUAAAUCCUCUUCGGGCUAUUGCGACCAGCGUUUUUUUAAUUUUUUUUUAACAAACUCACGCUUGUCUUUCCUGCUGCGCGGAAGCCAAAGUAGUAAAAAAGACUCGUGUUCAGGGGCAGACAAAAAGAAGAUUUGCAGUGAUUGAAACUCGCAGCACUAGACAUGGCUUGACUGAAGAUCCUUGUAAGUCUAUGAAGCUUUUAUUGUUGUUUUUAAGAGACGAAAGUAUAUACACGGGUUUUCACAGCAACUGACUCUCCAUUUUUUUUAUUCUUUGUAUGUCUAUGAAGCUUUUAUUGUUGUUUUUAAGAGACGAAAGUAUAUACACGGGUUUUCACAGCAACUGACUCUCCAUUUUUUUUUAUUCUUUGUAUGUCUAUGAAGCUUUUAUUGUUGUUUGUAAGAGACGAAAUUAUGUACACAGGUUUUCAUGGCAACCGACUCCAUUUUUUUUCAUGUUUGCCGCAGAUGUGUCGAUUUUUUUGUUCUGCUUUAGCGGUUAGUCUCCUUCUUUUACCCACCCAAAGAUAACUACCAUAAUGCUCCCUAUAAAACUACAUAAUACGUUCAAAGAUAUAAACAAGGCAUCAGCUGGAAUAUAAUCUCAGGUGUCCUUCGAGUUAACUCCAAGAAGACUGACUGUUCCUGGUGCGUCGAGAGUUGUGAUGGUGGUGGUGGGGAGCAAGGGUGGGGAGAGGUAGAGCAGGAUUAUGGUUACUCAAGCGUCUUAGCUCCCUUCUUAAGAUCCCAUACACAGGCCCCUCUUUGCCCUGUCGUGGUUGUACAGUGGCAGCGUGAGUGAGAGAUAAAAAUACCAAUGAAGUCUCCUCUUUUUUCCAUCUUCCCCUUGUGUUAAAAAUAGAUGCUUAGGCCUCUCCUCUCUCCCCAUUUGCCCCUGUCUGACUAUUAUUAGUGAGUGGAAGAGACGGAAAUAGUAGUGAAGUCUUCCCUCCGUCCUUCGCCCUCCCUUCCCUUCUCUCAUCUCCUACUUGUCCCCGCCAGAUUAUACUGUAUCAUUACCAGCCGUGAAACGAGCCUGAUACUGUUUUGACAUUGGUGUGUGUGUGUGUGUGUGUGUGUGUGUGUGUGUGUGUGUGUGUGUGUGUGUGUGUGUGUGUGUGUGUGUGUGUGUGUAAGUCUCGGAUAAAAAAGUACAAAAUAAAACAUUCCUAGGAUAUUUUGCAUCAUCAGGAUGGAUAAUUUUGUGUUCUUUAAAUUGUCUGUGCGUGUUAGUGUUUGCCUAUCUGUCUGUCCGUCUGUUUGUGAGUUUGCCGUUCCGCGUAAGGCGAAAUAAACAUCGGUGUAGUCAUCCAAAUUCAUUAAGCAACCGUUCGCGUUAAGGAAGGACGACGCAGGGGAGAGAGAGUGAGCGAGAGGAGCAGCGUCGGAGAUGGCGAAGAGAGAACAGAGAACAGAGAAAUUGGAUCCCUAGUUGGAAAUGAGGAAAAAAAAGUAAAACAGCAUCUCACACGUACACCCUAGAAAAUAAAAAAAAGGAGGAAAAUAGAAAAGAGAAGGAAAAUAAAAUAAAAUGAGUAGGAAAAAGUAAAACGCAGCAUCACACACAUAGACCAGAGAAGUUAAAAAAAAGCUGGAAUACUAAAGAAAAAAAAAGUAACUAUUUGUAUAGAGGCUGGGAUCACAAAGCAGUCCAUGAAAAUCCCAGGAACUUCUACGAGAGAGCUUUUAAAACAGACGAACUGAUGUGCCGAGAUGCUUAACUAUAACAGGGAGCACAAAACACCAUGAAAAACAGACGAACUGAUGUGCCGAUAUGUUGAAAAGUACGGGCUAAAGACAGCGUGAGAUUUCGUAUACAGGCUCACCACAGUUAACGUCAAGCAGAGAGGUUAUGUAAUGGAUGAGCCAGAACAUGGGUCGGGGAGGGUCACGCGGCCACCACCUUCCUUCAUGUGUCUCUGUAGAACCUGUGACACCCCUCUCGCUCCGUCUCUCCCUCCUUUGUCUUCCUAGUGAUAAGCGGCUCAGUGGAGGGGAGAGGAGGCGCCCAUAGACUGGAAGGGGAAGGAAAAGAUCAGUACAGACUCUAUGCUAGGUUUAUUUGUGACGCUGACCUCUUUAUUUAGCCCGAAGUUUCAAAUCGUAUAUUAAUUCUAAGACGUAGAGGAGAAUGGAAUAAAUGUAGGCUGGAUAUAAUAAGUGUUUAGGACAGCAUUUCGAAAGGGAAGUAUUAAGAGACCUUGGGGUUUGAAUUUAACUUUACUUUUUGGUCACAUUCUGUUCUCUUGAUGACACACGUCGAACUGAUAACAGAUGGACAACUAGUGACAACCCAGGAAUUGUAGAUGUCGGGGGAGGAAGAACCAGAUGGAGAGAUGAAAUUGUAGAUGUCGGGGGAGGAAGAACCAGAUGGAGAGAUGAAAUUAGUGCAUUCGCUGGAGCAGGAUCGAGUGUUUUAACAUCAGAGAGAGGUGGAGAGCGUUGAGAGAGGCCUUUGUGCUGUAGUGGGCUAGUAAUGGUUGAGUAGGAGGAUAAAUAUGAUGAUACAGGAAUUAGUAGUGAUGUUAGUAAAUUUGCAGAUGAUACCAAGAUCGGUAGAGUAAUUGAGUCGGAUCAGGACGCUAGUAUUCUCCAGGGUGAACUCAACAGAUUGUAUGACUGGGCGGAUAAAUGGCAGAUGGAGUUCAAUGUAGGGAAGUGCAGUAUUCUGAGUGUAGGUAGGAACAACCCCUCACAUAACUAUUGCUUAAAUGAUACUCUCAUAAGCAGGUCUGGGUGCGAGAGGGAUUUAGGGGUCUUAGUGAGCUCUGAUCUCCGUCCAAGGGCACAAUGCAUUCAAGCUAGAAAUCGAGCUAAUAGGGUACUGGGAUUUAUUUCAAGAAGCGUAAGCAACAGAAGCCCCGAAGUCUUCCUCAAACUAUAUUUAGCAUUAGUUAGACCUCAUCCUGACUAUGCGGUUCAGUUCUGGUCAACUUACUAUAGAAUGGAUAUCAAAAUGUUAGAAUCGGUGCAGAGGAGGAUGACUAAGAUGAUUCAGGGGUUGAGAAACUUGCCAUACGAGGAAAGACUCAAACAGUUAAACUUGCAUUCUCUAGAAAGGCGAAGGGUGCGUGGAGACAUGAUCGAGGUUUAUAAAUGGAUGAAGGGCUUUAAUAAGGGAGACAUUCAUAAGGACUUGUUGGUAAGAGGACCGGGUAGGACACGAAGUAAUGGGUUUAAACUGGAUAAAUUCAGAUUCAACAGGGACACAGGCAAAAAUUAGUUUACAAACAGGGUGGUGGAUGAGUGGAAUAGGCUUAGCAGUCACGUGGUGAGUGCUAAUACAAUUGUCACAUUCAAAAAUAGACUAGAUAAAUUCAUGGACAGCGAUAUUAGGUGGGGUUAGAUACACGGGAGCUUAGGGUCAAAGGAGCUGCCUCGUACAGGCCUACCGGCCUCUUGCAGACCCCUGCGUUCUUAUGUUAUUAUUAUAAAGAACCUGUAUCGAACAACUACGCAGCUUCUUUUUUUGGCUUUUUUUUUUACAGUAAAGAAAACAGCUCAAAGGCAAAAAUAGAUAAGUCCGCAAAGCACUGCUCCAAUAAAGAAAGUAGAUAUGAGUGGUCGAAAGAGAGGUCAAUUUCGCGUGUCCUUCUUCCCUAAAGCGAGAAUAUCACACGGGAGAAAUUUUGAGCUUGUACUGUAUAGAUUUUUUUCAUCUACCAUUCGUCUAGUUCGUUUCGUUUCGUUCGUUUAUCUUGUAAGGAAAACAUGGAUAAAGUCUUCCUCCUCCUCCUCCUCUGGUUUCCUUGUUUACUUUGAGGGUUACUUAGCGAGAGGAUAAAGCCUUUGAGAAGUUUGGCAAAGAGGAGACCGCGCCCGCUAGGUUCUUUGUGUUCAGGGCGGCAAACUCAUGCGUGUGUGUGUGUUUGGGUUUAGGUUUAUGUGUGUGUACAAAUUUGGAAGUCAGUCAAAGAUACACCGAUAAGGCGGGACUUGAGUGAAGACUGCAAAAUUGUGUAAAACCAUAUUUGUACCUCAGAGUGAUUCCGAUAACCUGCGCCUUGAACGAAGACUCCAAAAUGUUGUAAAACCGAUUAGAACCUUUCUGAAACAUGGUCCUCUUAGUCCUUUGCUUCCUGAAUUUAUGAAGACUUUCCCUUUUGUUUUGGCUCGUAGAAGAAUAUAACUUUUGUCUGCCAGCGUUCAUACUCACGAAGGCAACACAUUUAUCUUUAUUAACUGUGUUCUUGGUCAAAUAAACCCUUAGGAAGACGAAGAUACAGCCACUAUCUUAGCCUGUUUUAACACUAGUUUAUACCAAGUGUGUGAUUGCGUUUUGUCUGAUGAGGUACAAUAUCAACCAAUUUGCUAAUUUCUUCACUUGGUCCCGCCAUUAUAAACACGUCAAACAAAGAGCAAUUUAGAGACGGGUUAAAAGUGAAGGCAACGAAACCAUACAUGCAGGAGUCAAUGCGUCAAUGCAGGUCACUGGGCGAGGUCUGGUCUGGUUGGGUAAUGAAGCGUUUCUGACUUCGCCGUGACGUGCCUCAAGAAAGAAAUCCAAGGUGAGGCGGCACAAGACUGAGAGGCAUGCACACUCCCAGAGCCUUCCACUUUUUUCCUAUUUAUUUUUUUGUCCAGACUGAGGUUGAGGUUCAUGAUCACUUUAGCAUCUCGAGCUUGAGAAAUGACACCCGCCUCAGCUAAACAGGGAAACCAAAUAAGCUCAGCCUUGGAGUGAGCUUCUUAGGAUUUUCGACGGGAAGACGUAGCUGUUAGCGCUAACGAGAUGAGGAGAGUUACGUAAAGUUGUGGCGAGGAUUAUAAAUGAUGAGCGGUAAGGAGAGAGCCCAGUGUCGACCAGUCCCUCACACAGGCUGCUUCCCCCUCCCUAAGCAAGAUCUCUUCGAGAACAUUCGACGACUGCAACGAAGAGUGUCAGCCUAAGAAAAGUUCGAGAACCACCCAGGUAA